AUGUUGGUCUUUCCUCUUGUUCAAAACGCAUUGGUUCUCUUUGCACUUGUCUUAGGCUGCUCUGCACCGCGGACCAGUAAAAGUAGAUCCACUCGCUUUAGAGGCGCCAAGGCGACAAUUCGUAAAGGUCAGAUAACGGAUCAAGUCCAGACAUUCAUCACACGCCUGUCGGAACAGGAACUUUUCGCGUUAAAUCAGGUCAAAUACUGGAUUGACACUCAAGCCCAUCCUGAAUAUCAGCGUCGCUUGCUCAAUAAUCUGUUUCAAGGAGGCACGAAUCGAAGUCCGACAUUGCUCUCGCUUGGAACCAAUGAUGCGGGGGACCAUAUGGCGGUCUCGAUCCUCAAGCCAGACAUCGAGACGGCAGCCUUGCUGGCAGGCCCAGAACGGAGAAGACCCAGAGGUUGGUCAACCCGUAAAGGCUUGAUGCUGAUGCACCUUACUUCAAAUGAGCCCCCAAGUGUGGUGGGCUGGAUCUUCAUGAAAAAUCACAGAUCUGCAAAUGCAUUGACAACCUCGUCUGAAAUGGUUUCGCUGGACAAUUUCGAAUGGCUGCAUGGACUUUCAGGCAUCGUCCGAGAAGUGUAG